AUGGCGAAUGGAAAGACCGGCGAGGCUUUGGAGAAAGGAAGCAGAGCCGUAAAUCUGGUUCCUGGCAAGGGCGUCUUCACAGAUAUGGGAUGCCACGACGUAAACGGCAUGGUAUCAUCAGAUGCAGGCGCCACCGUCCUCGCGUAUGACGGCGCAGAGAUGCCCUGUGCUCGUGUUUGUAGCAGUGAUUCCGGGGCCUGCUGGGAGGACCGUUUAGUGAAACAGACGAUUUAG